UCGGUAACUUGUUUUUUGUGUUUUGACUACGUGGUCUGAUUUUUCUAGUUUAAAUUCCACUUUUACUUUUUGCCAUCGUAAAUAAGUUGAAGCAAAAUUUUCUGCAUUUUAACAGCAAAUUUCUGUAGUAGGAGACUUGUUCGUUAAUCUUUGCUGCGAUAAUCUGUUUUGCUGUGUUUUAUUAUGUUUAAAAAUCAAAGUCCCUCUUGCGAAAAUUUGGAGCCAACGCAACAAUCUAUUGAAGUGCAAGACAAUAUGAAGCUCCUAACACACCCAGCUAUUCUCAGACAACAUCGUGUUUUUUAUCAUAUGGCAUCAAACAUUUUAAGAAAUCGUAAUAUUUUGAAUCCAGUUUCAAAUUCCAGUCAAAAUCAAAAAAAUGUGAACUCAAAAGCGUAUUCAACAGAGGAAAAAAAACAAAAUCUUUUACGUUUUCCCGCUUUUCCGCUUGAUGAGACUUUGACGCGUUUUCUUGCAACUACGAAACCACUACUAACCAAGGAAGAACAGAUGAAAACCAAAAGAAUGGCAGAUGAAUUCAGAAAGGGAGAUGGUGCAAAGCUUCAAGAAUUACUAGAAAAAGCUGCUGCAUCGGAAGAAAAUUGGUUAGCACAUCGAUGGUUGCGUGCUGCAUAUUUACAAUAUCGUGAUCCUGUUACAGUAUAUUCUAGUCCCGGAAUGACAUUUCCAAUACAAUGUUUUGAGACUGAGGAAGAUUUUAUUAAUUAUGCAGCUGUAGCAGUUUACCACUUAAUAGGUUAUAAAAAACUUAUUGAUAAUGGCGAAAUACCAGUUGUAAAAAUGGGUAAAAAUGAACUUGACAAUUCCCAGUUCGGACGGGUUUUAGGAACAUGCCGUAUACCAAAACCGCAAGAGGACGCUAUGGACUACAAUCCCGAUUCGCAACAUAUUGUGGUUAUAUGCAAAAACCAUUUUUAUAAAUUUGCAGUUUAUGACAAAUCAGGCAAACCACUCUCUGUUACAACAAUGGCGCAACAACUAAUGAAUAUCUGGAAAGCCGAAACAGAGAAGGGCUGUGAAUUUGGCGUUCUAACCACAAUAAAACGGGAUAAUUGGGCAGAAGCUUAUAAGAUUCUUAUGGAAAUUCCUGGAAAUGCAGAAAGUGUAUGUGAAAUACAAAAAUCACUUUUCACUCUUUCCCUAGAUGACUGCGUUCCUGUGGAGAAAGGACAGGAAAACAUUGUGCUUGCGGGACAACUUAUACAUGGGGGUGGAGUACAAUACAACAGUUCAAAUAGAUGGAUGGAUAAAACUAUUCAGUUAAUUGUUAAUCGUAAUGGUCUAAAUGGAUUCUGUUAUGAACACUCUCCAGCUGAAGGUGUACCUAUCGCGUUAAUGAUGGAUCAUGUAGUUAAGAAAAUGGAAAAGGGAGAUAAAACCGACGGUGCAUCAGACAACUUUGAAUGUCCAGUAAAACUGAAAUUAACUACUAGUGAAUGUCUAAAUAUGCACGUAGCUGCUGCUAAGCAUUACAUUACUGGAUUGGCAUUCAACCUAAGAAUGAAUAUUUUACAUUAUACCUGCUACGGCAAAGGCUUUCUUAAAACGCAAAAACUCAGCCCUGACAGUUUUAUACAAAUGGCCAUACAAUUAGCGUUUUACAGGUAUCACAAAGUGCCCGGUGCACAAUAUGAGUCAGCGCAUCUACGCAUCUAUACUGGUGGUCGUACUGAAACAAUACGAUCCUGUUCGGUGGAGUCAGUAGCAUUUGCAAAAGCAAUGAUGGACAAAGAGGUUUCCAACGAAGAACGUGCUAAGCUUUUACGUAAAGCAGUCAAUAGUCAUCGAGAGUACACCUCUUUGGCAUUACAGGGACGUGGAGUAGAUCGUCAUUUAUUAGGUCUUAAAUUAAUGGCUGUAGAAUAUUGUCAACCUAUACCAAAAUUCUUCAGCAGCCCAGGCUUUGUGAAGUCUUCUACUUUCCGUAUAUCAACUUCACAAGUAGCUUCUAAAAACAAUGCCUUUAUGUGUUAUGGACCAACAACAGACAAUGGCUAUGGCUGUUGCUACAAUCCUCGUGAUGAUGAUUUGAUACUAGCAUGUUCUGCUUGGCGUAAUAAUAAAGAAACAAACGUUGAUGAGUUCGUUAAAGCUUUGGUGCUGUCGCUUGACCAAAUGUGGGAUGUGCUUGUAAAAACCAGUGAACAACCAAAAGCGAAGCUUUAACCCAGUUCAGAAAUGUUUACUGUUUAUUCACAGCAAUAGAUUAAAUUCAAAAUGUAGUGGGAUAUAAGUAAUUAUUUUAUUACACGUUUUUUACAAAAUUUAU